UCCAGUCCCACACUCUUGUAGACUGCCCCACACUCCUGUUCGUGUGAGUUGCCCAUGCUCAGGGCAAUCUGGUCUUGUGGAUCUUUUCUGCCUUGAAGUUCUGCCAUCUCUGUGCUGACAGAAGGAGUAGCUUUUGCCUUUAUCCCGCCUCUGCUUUCCUGAGGCUGCUGCAAGCCAAGGCCCAUGCUGGCUCUUUCCCUUUCCAGUGAGAGGCACAAGCCUUGCCUUGCUUGGUCUGGCUGUAACAUGGAGUUUCCAAGGCCAUGCUUUUGCAAGGGUCUCAAGCCCUUCAGGUUGGUGAGACACUGCCCAGCUGAGUGUGACCUGGGAGUCCUGCAGGAACGGGGCAGAAUCCCCACAGGAAUUCCUGAAGAGCUUGCCGGUCCCUGAACUCUCCCUGAUCAGCAACCUCGCUGUUUGUUAAAAAAACCUGCUCCCUGCAGCUGCCUGGGGAGCUCAGUAUUGCAGAAUGGAGAACUAUAAGAAGACCAAAAUUGUGGAGAGACCUUGUCCUCUUCCUUUCACUGACCUGCCCGCUGAUAUUAUUGAAAUGAAGGUGAAGGACGGGAGCAAAAUUAGGAAUCUGAUGGGCUAUGCCAUGAGCAAGAUGGAGCAGGACUCGGUGAGGCAGAUUCUAUUCACUGGCUCAGGCAAGGCCGUCAGCAAGACCAUCACCUGCGUGGAAAUCAUGAAACGAAGGCUGAAGGAGCUGCACCAGAUCACCAAAGUGCUCUUCAGACAGAUCGAAGAAAUCUGGGAGCCCAUUGUGCCUGAGGCAGGCCUCGAUGCCUUGACAGUGAAGAGGAACAUUCCUGCCAUUUGCGUCCUGCUGAGCAAAGAUGCCCUGGAUCCCCAGGAGCCGGGGUACCAGGCCCCAGGAUCUUUCGAUGCCUUCUGGACUGAGACACUGAAAGCAGAAUCGCAGGGCCAGAUGAAGAGGAAGCAGGGCGGAGGCCGGGGAGCUGCCAGCACGGGGAAGCACCCUCGCUCCACCGGGGGAGUGCCGGGCGGGCCCUGAGGCGGCGGCUCCGCGUGGUUCAGGGGAGCUGCAGAAACCAGCCCGGGGCUGCGGCUGCUCAGCUGUUGCUGAACACGGGGCUCACACAGGUCUGAGGGGAGGGCAGGAGGGGCGGACUGUUACAACUGGGCGUGAUCCUGGCUGUCUGAAAAUGGGUUUUGACAAGUUACCGUGCCAGAGGCUGCCGGGCUGUACUCCUUAGGGGAUUGCGGAAGAUGGGAAUUGCCUCUUCUUGAGCAAGAACUGUCAGUGUGCUGUCAGCACACCAACCAACAGUGAGGUUUCAGGUGCCUGGGCGUGCAGCAGCCUGGGCAGUGGGACAGACACGUGUCUGUGUGCCAGGUGCAGGUUGCUCUGACCAGUACAAAGGGGAGACAGGACCUGAUGUGGAAUCCCUGGGAAGCUGCCAGCGCCGCCCUGGCUCAUGAACAUACAGACAGCAGGGCACAGGGCUGGGCCAACCAUUUCUGUGCCUGAAGAGUCCUGCUGAGCCUGUCGGGGGGGUGGAAUGUAGGACUGCCAGGAUGCAGCUCUGUGUGGCAUCAUGUGCAGGUAGCUCCUUGGCUCAGCAGAGCUGGUGGUUGUGGAUCUCUCUCCAAACAGGCAGCAGUCGACUCGUGUUAUAACCAGCCUGAAAUCCUGUGGCUCUGCAGCUGUCCUGGGCGGUGGUAAUGGGAAGCUCCAAAGGAUCCUGUUCGUUCCCCUUUCUGCUCCUUGAUAAUGCACAAAGAUGGUUUUAAAAUAAAGAUGUUAUUCAUGUAA